CAGUUUCGACGGAAUACCUAUCAUAUUGUUCUACAGGAGCAGUCGGUCGUUGCGGAAGGGCGUAGAGUUCUUGUUCGUCGAAAGUAUAUAUUUCAAACCGAGUGGGCCAACGUGUCAACAAUUACUGAAUUGCACUUUGUUUGCUGGAAUAAUCUAAUAUUUUUUUUUUAUACCGAAAUCGGACACAUCGCUGGCUUUUAAAACAAAGGCUUCAGGUGUUGGGGCCGACAUGUUUGUCAGCGGCUUGGUUUCGAUGUUUCUAUUCUUUCAUGCAACAGGUGUAGAGGCCUUCACAGUUACAACCAAAAAUCCAGAUGUGAGGGCUAAAGAGAAUGAGGGGGCUGAUCUUUACUGUACUCACUCGGCUGACUUUGGGGCAGAUGCCAGAGUUGAGUGGAAGUUUAGGGACAUGAAGGGUUCUACGACCUAUGUCAUUUUCGAUGGGAAACCCACCACACUUUAUGAGGGCCGUGUCACUAUGUUUGAUGGGAUGCUGAGGUUCAACAAGGUGACGCGCAAAGAUAAUGGGCAGUAUCAAUGUGAGGUGUCUAACAAACAGUAUGUUGGGGAUACCAAAGUGAAUCUCACUGUUUUAGUACCUCCAUCCGUGCCCAUGUGUAGGAUCCCUGCCUCUGUGACGACGGGGCAUCGCGUGCUACUGUCCUGUCAUGAUGCAGAGGGGUCUCCUUCCCCCACCUACAAGUGGUAUAAGGACAAGACCCCUCUUCCUGUGGACCCCAGCCAGUUCCCCGCCUUCAAGAACUACACCUACAAGAUCAAUCCUCUCAAUGGCAACCUGGAGUUUCCCUCUGCUUUGGUGAUAGAUACAGGAGACUACAGCUGUGAAGCUAUGAACGAUGCCGGCCCUGUUCAACGCUGUCAAGCUGUGAGGAUGGAAGUCCGCAACAUCAACACUGGAGGUAUUGUUGCUGGGGUGAUUGUGGCUCUCCUGGCCCUGGCCCUGCUGUGCUUCGGACUGUGGUACGCCCACCGCAAAGGAUACAUGCCCAAAAAGAGUGAAAGCAAACCCUCAGUGGUCUACCAGCCAACAUCGGAGUCUGGCGAUGAAGAUGGGGAAUUCAGACAGAAGUCUUCUUUCGUGGUAUAGCCAGGGCGUGCAACACAUGUCCAGGAUAUACCCAGGAGUCUACAGCCACUAGUGACUAUGGGUGCGUCCCAAUAACAUCUCCCCUUUCUCCUGAAGUGUGCUGUCGUUCACUUCUUCCCACAAAUCUCAAAACAUUGGGUUGUUGGAGGCAUGGGUUAGUGGGUGUUUCCACCGUAUUUUUUAUACCAGUCAUUAUCUUUCAAAUCAGUGAAGGGAAGUGAACAAGUGCACACUUUGGGGGUAGAAGAGAUAAUUGGGACAUAGCUUAUAUAUGACAAUACCACUGCCCCUUUUACCUGCUCACUGUGGAUAGGUGUGAAUUGGUGUGCUUUGAUUUUAAUUUUUUUUCAUAUGUUUAUAAAAACAAAAUGAAUUUUGAAAUAUUUCUCUAACUGGCAAUUACCUACAUCUGUACUAUUUUGUGGUGACUGUAUGUAUAGAUUUGAAAAAAUACUUUCACUUAUACUUCAUAUUUUAAGUGCCUCCGUUCUGUGAAAGAAAUCUCGCAUUUAAGGAAAUGUAAGGGGAAAAAAACAGGAAAUUAAUUUAUGAAAUCUUAAAGAACACUGGCCAUUCAUUUUCUAAUCCUAUUACUACAUGCCUUGCUUUCUUAUGGCUUUUCCCAAAUUGCACAAUAUUCCCUAUAGAGUGCGCUACUUUGGACUAGGGCUCUGUCAUUGUGUAGGGUAUUUGGUGCAGUUUGGUACACAUACCUUGUGUGUUAUGUCUACUCUAAAUCCAUGCUUUCAGUGAGUUGUAAUGUGAAAUGUUUUGUUUACGAUAGAUAUAGAAAUGUGUAUGGCAUUGUGUUUGUAUUAAAGUCAAACUCCAUUGUA